GGGGACAAUUGCCCAUCACAUUUGCGGUAUUUUAAUAGAAUUGCACCUGUACGCCGUUCGCUAUUCAACGCCUGCACCUCACCAGAAAAUGUCCCUACACGUCGUCGUGGUCUUGGUGGUAGCUGUGGCCACUUUGCACUUGGUGGCUGCCAGGCCGGCUGAUGCAGAUGCUCAAGCGCAGAUCAUUAAGUACGAUAACGAUAUUCGGAUCGAUGGAUACGAUUUUGCGUAAAUCCUACCAAAAGAAGAAGGUUGAUAUGUCGUACUAUGGCACGUUGAUGAGCGAUAAUGAUUUUAAUGUACAGAAACGGUUAACCUUGAGGUCCGGCAGCCCACCAUUAUGAAAGAAAGACUAUAGAGUUACAAGAUGAAACCAGUAACGGCAUCAAACGCACGGAGUCCGGAGUGGUAAAAGGAGGCGCGAAACCCGAGGAAGCAGCCAUAAACGUCAACGGAGACUUUUCGUACGCCCUCUUGGAUGGCACGCCUUUCAGCGUGACCUUCGUUGCUAGCGAAGAUGGUUACAGGCCAGUAGUUACCAUUGGCCAAGCCAGAUCUGGAUAAGAUUUGUCUGUUAAUUGAUGUUUUUAAUUGUGCUCACCGAUUUUUGUAUGAAUAAAGUUGAGAACGUUGUACAUUCUAUUUUGCUUUGGGAUAUAAAGAAUAACCAUUCACGCCUUAUUUCAUACGGUGAUAAUUUGUAAUGACCACUAGGCCAGAAGAAAGGCGCAACACAGUACGAAAAUACUUUCUUCA